AUGGCGACGCGCAAACGAAACGAAUACCUCGACGUUGAGGAAAGCGAAGACGAGGAGAGAGGCUAUGACUCCGAGGAGGAAAGCAGAGCGCGCAUGCUACCUACGUCAAAACGGCAAAAAAUAGAUCACGUCUCCGACUCCGAGGGCGAUGCGGAGGAACUGGAAGAUGAUGAAGAACAAGACUUCAACGAAGACGGUGCCGAAGAUGGAGAAGAAGAUGAUGAGCAACACGCACCGAAGCGCUUCGCCUCCAAGAGCGCCGAACUAGCACAUCUCGAGAAACUCGCUGCGUCCCUUCCCUCAGAGAUGAGGUUACAGACCACAAAACUCGGAAAGGCUCUGCCACCAUCAUCACUCAAGAAAGACAAGUCCGGCGUCAUAUACCUCUCGCGCGUGCCACCCUUCAUGAAGCCAGCCGUAAUGCGCUCCCUUCUAACACCCUACGGCGCCGUAGGCCGCAUAUUCCUCACCCCAGAAGACAGUACAUCGCGCACCCAGCGCCUGCGCAACGGAGGCACGCGUCGCAAGCUCUUCCUCGACGGCUGGGUCGAAUUCCUACACAAGCGCGACGCCAAGUUCGUGGCCGAGAACCUGAAUGCGCAAACAAUGGGCGGCAAGAAAAGGGGCAGGUGGCAUGACGAAGUGUGGAAUAUUCGGUACUUGAGCGGCGUCAAGUGGCACAACUUGGUCGAGCAGAUCCAGAAUGAGAACGCGGAGCGCGCGGCAAGACUCAGGUUUGAGAUUUCGCAGGGCAAGAAGGAGAACAAGGCGUUCUUGGAGAACGUGGAGAGAGGCAAGAUGGCUAGUGGUAUUGAGGCUACAAGGCGGAAGAGAGGAGAGGAUGUCGAUGGUGAUAAUGCGGCGACUGAGGCAGCAGCAGCGGUACAGGAAGUAGAUGGGAAGCCAAAGAGGCGGAAGGGAAGGCUUGAGUUCUCGCAGCAUACGGCUACGAGCAAGGCGAUGAAGAAGCCCGAGCCGGGUCAGGACGUGAAUAGGGUGUUGAGUAGUAUGAUGUAG